CUCUCUGUGUCUUAUUAGCCUGAACUCUUUAAGGAUGUCAUGUUAAUUAUGGGAACGGCUCAAAGGUGAGCAUACAGGAUGGAUUAAUUUUGGGACGGAUGACGCUUUACUAUAUUUGAGUUUUAGCACAAAGAGAAAACACAAGUCAGCUCAUCCAAGCAACGCACAGAAGAAAGCUAAUUCGCGCACAAGCAUGGCAGACCAGAAAGACCGACCAGAAGACUUUAAAGUCCAGACAGUGAAGAAUACCAACAUCAACUCGGCCCAGCUUCGGCCGCACAGUGAACACUCGAGAGACCGCGCUUCCAAAAGGCUCUCCACCGACUCAAAUGGGACCAGCGAAGGAGGUGUGGGUUCCUCCACGCCGGUGGAGUUGACAGCUUUAGAAGAAGCUUUCCGGCGUUUCGCCAUUCACGGCGACACGCGUGCUACGGGCAAAGACAUGCACGGGAAGAACUGGUCCAAGCUCUGCAAGGACUGCGGCGUGAUCGACGGCAAGAAUAUCACCCUCACUGACGUCGAUAUCGUCUUCUCCAAAGUCAAGAAGAAAUCCUGUCGCACCAUCACGUACGAUGAGUUCAAGAAUGCGCUAGGAGAGCUAGCCAGGAAGAAGUACAAAGAGAAGACUGGAGAGGAAGCCGAGGCUGAAGUAUUCAAGCUGAUUGAAGGGAAGACGCCCGUGAUCGCCGGGGUCACGAGGGCCGUCGCUUCCCCUACAGUGAACCGCCUGACAGACACCACCAAGUUCACGGGGUCGCACAAGGAGCGCUUCGACGACACGGGACGCGGGAAGGGUAAGGCGGGACGAGUCGACCUGGUCGAUACUUCGGGAUACGUCUCGGGAUACAAGCAUCGAGGGACCUAUGAAAAGAAGGUCACCAAACCCCCCGGUGCUAAACCCAUGUGAGCGUAACGGAGAUACAGAAAUAUGGAUCGAGGAUCGGCGAGGAUCGUUUUAGUACUCCCAAAAAAAAAUACAUUAUCAUAUAUUUUCCCACCCGGUUGUUUUGUGUGUGGAGAGAGUUCCUCCCCUUGUGAAAGUGUGAGAACUGGAAAACUGUUUACAUCUAUUUUUACAAAGUCUUCACCAGCUGGUACAUUCCUGUCUAAUAGUGAGAAAUUGCCAAGAGGAGAACGACGCCGAUGAUGAUGAUGAUGAAGCUCUGUUGUUUUGAUCGGGCCUUAAAAUAUUUAUCAAGCACAAUGAACAAUGAAAGCCAAUUAAAACAGCACAAAAAGCUUUUAUCUAAUAACACUGCACAAAAAAUACUUUCUACACCCAUUUUAGGAUUUAAAUUGGCCGUGUUCCAGAUAAUUGGCACACAUUUGUAUAUGUAUAUUUAAUAUUCUGAUUUGUGUCUAUUACUUGUCUAGUCUCCCUACUUUUGCUGUUCAUAUUCUUUCUUUUAUAAAAUCAGCCAUUUUGUUUCUCCCAAGUCAAAUUAAUGAACAAUUACCAAAUUCUUAAUCUGUAAAUUUAGGGGUCGAAAGCGCAAUUGUGCAAGAUUGUAUUUUUGAGAUUAGAUACCCCCCCCCAAAAAAAAUGCCUCUAAUAUAUUUGUGGUUAGAUUGUGUAUUAACUACUAACCGGAGCCACUUGUUUAAUAUGGCUUAAUAUUCCUUUCUGUGUUUCUGUACUUUGUGCAUGUUAUGAUGUAUUUUACAUUUGAGAAGCACAGAAAUGAUUUGUUGUAUUUGAUCUACUGUGCCUGCUGUAAGGACGGACUACUGGACAGUUGUUUUCUUGCUUAGAAAUCGGAAGUGAUGAUGAAACGGUGUUGUCGCUCGAAUUGUAUACAAUAUGUACAAAGUUGGCCUGCCAUCAAAUGCUGUUAUAUUUCUUAUCCAGAGAACCUUUAACGUGUGGUCCUGUCAUCUGAGGCACAAAUUUGAAGGGAAUGCCGGUUACGUCCUUAAAUACUGAAAAGGAAAAAAAAUCCAAACUUUUUGUAGAACAUUUUUAACAUAGUGUUUGUUGUCACACUUGCCUGCAACCGCAAAAGUAUUGCAGCUUAUUUGUGUGAUUAUUUUGUCCGCUCGAGUAAGCUCCCCGUGCUUAAUGCCAAAUACUGCGCACCUUUCAUGUGGAGGAACGAUACGUGUUAUUAUUUUUGAAUUCAUAACAUUUUAAUGUGCUAUUGUGUCCCCCCCGGUGCAUGCAGUGGAUCUUUGUACUUGUUCUUUAGAACUCUUAAUUGUGUGUUGAUGAUUUGUAGUGUAUUCUUGAGAAUAAAACAAAAAGGGCACAUCGAACAAA